AGGCGGACCAGUGUCCGAGACCGACCGGUAGCCUGCAGAACACUGCAACGGGUUGUCUCGCCGUCGAUUCGUCUUCGCCGUUUUCCGGCGCGUGAAGUGCGCGGGCGCGCGCACGUUCGUUAUACCUUGUGCACCACUAUUACGACUACAUCCGCGGUCAGAGCCCAAACGUUUUUUUUUUUUUACAUAUUUUCCGAUCCGUGGCCACCGGGUGAUUUUUCGGCCGGUCGUUCCGUUUUUUUCUUCCGCGCGUGAUGGGCGUCUCGGUUUACCGCGAAGUGACGAUGACCACCACUACCACCGAGGCCGCCGCGACGGUCGCAUCCUCGUCGUCCGUCACCGCGACCGCGACGGCCACCAACAAGACGCCGUCGUUGAACGUGUUGAUGUGCCGCCAAUGGUGGAAAGUGUGUUGGAUGUACGGAGAUCAGGAAAAAUAUUACCGACAGCUGUACGGAGCAACGAAAAAACAGUCAUCCUCGGCUUCGGCCUUUGGCAUCAACGGCGGCGGCAGUGGCGGCAGGGCCACGGUCAUGGAACUCCAGCAAAUGUCCACCGUGUCUUUCGUGCCGCCACCGCCCCGGCCCAUCGAUAGACAAGUGUGCCGGAACUGCAACUGCCCGCGGGACGAUCACAGCAGCGGCGGCAGCAUCAGUGGCAGCCACAUCAACGACCACCACCGACCGCCGACGAUCGCCGAAACGGCCUCGUGCGGAGGAAGCGGUGCCGCGGCGAUAAUGUCGUCGUCGGCGGCGAUGACCGGCGUCAAGCGGGAUACGCCCCCACCACCGUUGCCACCGUUGCCCACGGGACCGCCGGGUUAUGACCAAGCGAUCGGCGGUUACGAGAAGCUGCUGGCCGCCACAGUGGCCGUAGGCGCGACGGCUACGUCCACGGCGUCCGUGGCCACGGCUGCCGGCCGCAAGGACCCGUCGGCGGUCGCUGCGCUCCAUCACAACCACCACCACCUCCACCAUCCGCACCACCAUCACGCUGUGGCUACGGCCACGGUGGGCGGAGGUGACCCGCAACAGCGACACUCGCACUCGGACGACGAUUCUGGGUGCGCGCUGGAGGAGUACACGUGGGUGCCCGCCGGACUUAGACCAGAUCAGGUGCACUUGUUCUUCUCGGGCGUGCCCGAAGACAAAGUGCCGUACCUGAACUCGGCGGGUGAGCGGUACAGGGUAAGGCAGCUCCUGCAACAGUUGCCUCCACACGAUAACGAGGUGCGGUACUGUMGAGGGCUGUCGGAUGAAGAACGCAAAGAACUGAGGCUGUUCAGCGCACAGAGAAAACGCGACGCCCUGGGACGCGGCGUGGCCAAGCAGCUGGUCGCUGACAUACCUUGUGCAAACUGUCAAGAGAYYCUGCAGCCCGGCGACAUGGCGGUGACGGCGAGCAGAGUCGGAUCGGGCGCGGCGUGGCAUCCGGCGUGCUUCACGUGCCGUGUGUGCAAAGAGAUACUCGUCGACCUCAUAUACUUUUACAAAGACGACCACGUGUACUGCGGUCGACAUCACGCGGAAACGCUCAAGCCCAGGUGUUCGGCUUGUGAUGAGAUUAUCUUGGCUGACGAAUGUACGGAAGCAGAAGGUCGAGCUUGGCACAUGAAACACUUUGCAUGUUUGGAGUGCGAUAAGCAACUCGGGGGCCAGAGAUACAUAAUGARAGACGGCCGGCCUUACUGUCUGCAGUGUUUCGACGGACUGUUUGCCGAAUACUGUGACUCUUGCGGCGACCCAAUAAGCGUGGACCACGGACAAAUGAGUCACGAAGGACAACACUGGCACGCCACYGAACAGUGUUUCUGCUGUCACACAUGCAGAUCGUCGCUGCUCGGCAGACCGUUCUUGCCCCGUCGCGGGGCCAUCUUCUGUUCGAUCGCCUGCAGCAAAGGCGAACCUCCGACGACGACGACGUCGAUGACGACAUCGCAAAGGCCGGAAUCGGAAAUGGCCGACGCCGACRCCACCGCCGCGCAAACGGCACAGACGACGCCCGCGCAAACGCUGCAGCUGCAACCGGUCGCCGCCGCACCCGACUCGCCGGCCGGCAGCAGAAAACGGACCGCAACGACCAACGGAUUUGCGUCACCUUCGCCGUCACAACAAUCGGCGUGCCGGUCACCKUUGAUGGGUCGAAGAGCAUUGMAGAACGCAAACAACAGCGGCGCGUCGUCUCCGUCGCCGACGCGACACAUGCAGCAGCGGGUUGCAGGCGAUGGCGUAUUGUCGCCGCACAUCGGCCCACCGAACGCCGUGGCCGCCCGACCGUCUGACUUAGACGUGCGACAGCGGCGGCGGCGCAAUGACAUCGCUAUGGUUGAGUCCAGGCGAGUGCUCACCAUGUUGAACAGGGACGAAAGUGGCGACGGUGAGUUGGCCACCGACGAUGAUGACGGCAGCAGACCACACGGCCGCGGGUUCGCUGCUACGUCGUCAGCUGUCGUCGCUGUCGACCGAACGGACGGCGGCCGGUUGGACGACACGCUUUACGAGCUGCAACGGCUUUUAAGUAACGGCAAACUACCGCAAAGGUUCCUGGAGAAGCUCAUCUCUGACGACGAGAUCACCGAUCGGCUGCUGAACGAAUUUGAAAAACUCACCACCGCGGCCGCGGCCACUGCUACGGCCACCGCCGUAGAACCAUCCCCACCAUCCUCGUCGUCUUCAAGCCGCCGGCCCGUUGUCGAUCGGAGACUGGUUGGCGCCAUGCCUCCACCCACCGCUAUAGACGCGGCCGUCGCAAAUUCACCAUCGCAGCCGCGUCGCGCUUCAUCGUCAUCGUCCACUCCCGAGACGGUGGCCACGACCUCRGGUGGCCGAAGGUCUGUCCGCUUUGACGGUACCGCUUUGUCGUCAACCGACCCACCGGCUUCCGGACGCACCAGACGUCGACGACGGGAAGGCCGAAACAACCGGAGUCGGAGCCGGAGCCGGAACAGCAGGCCAGUUCCGCCACCGCCUCCAGUACCCGGUAACGAUAACGGUAACGAUUCAUCCGCCGAACAUGGUUGCUGUUCCACGUGCUCGUCCAGUUCGGAUAGCGAGCUUGACGAUCUGUCUGUAUACCGGUUACCAGCUAGACGGCCAUACGGACCUGGAGCYGGCGCCGCGGCCAGGAUCUCGUACGUGCCCAACGACGCCAUAGCGUACGCCAAACAGCAGGCCACCGCCCACCGGUCACCCGGUAAGAGGACCGCAGCUGGUGGCCAGUCGCAACAGCAUCUGCAGCAUCAGCAACAACAGUCGGUAGACGACAAGAACUGUGUCAUACAAUAGUGAAAGCUUUUGAAAAAUAAAACAAUAAUUCAACUGUUAUAAAGUUAAAAAAGGACGAGCUACACUUAGGAUCUAAGCGCAACAGCAUUUGCCAUGAUUUUGGUGUUCAUAUUAAUAUAAUUAUCUAUGUCUUUUGAACAUAAAAUUGUACGAAAACUAUAAUGCCAAUAAGUCUAAGAUCUAUCCAAGUAACUAUCCAACACUAAAGCUUAUUAUAUAUAUACUCCUGUACAACUUAGUAUUUCUCUUACCGUACAUCCAUAUAAAUAUGUAUCUAAAUAAAGUAAUAGGUACACAUUGGCGUAACUUUGGAUAUUUUUUUGGGGGGUGGAUGAAUUUGGAAAACUAAAAAUCUAUCAGAUAAAAAUAUAACUAUGGCUGGCUCAAUAAGAUAUCUGGGGGUCAGUCACCUACCCCUUUCCCUCCCCCUAGAUUACUUCUUUGAGUGUACCAUAGAUUAUAGGUAUACCGUACGUGGAUCUUCCACGAUAGUGUCGUGUACAUAAUAUAAUAUAUAUAUUAUGUUGUGUAUAUAUUUUAAUCGUAUACAGAAUAUUUAUAUACAACAUGU